AUGGGCGUCAGCCAGAGUGCCUGCAGGGCCUCCUGUUGCCAGGAGGCCAAGCACGCGCAGCAGGAGGAUAGAGGUAAUGAGGUCUCGUUCCCGGCACGGCAUUUUGCGGCGGACCCUGGGGGACUGGAAGAGGCGGCGCAGGUGGUCUGGUCCGAUAUGCCGGAGCAGGGCUUUGAAACCGGUGCCAUUUUUAGCAACUCAGAGUCCCUGAUGUUGGGAGCUCUCAGCUCCGCCCCUGUGGAGCCGGUGCGCUCCAAGGUCCUGGAUCCUGACAUGGAGAUGUUGCGUGGCAUCUCAUUGAGCAGCACGCUGCUUGGCGGGGGGCAUCUCUGGCGCUACUCACCGCAGACCUUCACCACAGAGCAGCGUAUGGCUUUGUACAAGAAGUCGAAGCCCAUGCAGCACCUGGACAUGUUCAUUUCCCAUACCUGGUGGACCGCCGGCUGGAGGAAAGCCGUGGCACUCUACUUCCAGAGCACCGCCAGCAUCAUCUUCGCUGCAUGGUUGUUUUGCAUCUUUAUGUCCUUUGUGCUUUGCAUCACCGACGUUCUGCCGUUGCCCUUUGUCUAUCAGGCGAACUUGCUUGGCUUCACUGAGCUCUGCCCCAUGGGCUGUUGGAUCCUCUGCUCUGGCCUCCUCGGCCCACUGCUGGCCUCCGUUUUCUAUAUCUACCUCCCUUGCUGCACGUCGCCGGUGUGUUUUGUGGAUGUGGCAUGCAUACAUCAAGCGGACCAAGCCCUCAUGCAGCGUGGCGUCCAGGGCAUCGGGGGUUUCUUGGCGGUCACCCGAGAGCUGCGAGUCCUGUGGAGCCCUCCCUACCUGUCCAGGCUUUGGUGUAUCUUCGAACUCGCCGCCUUCCGCAAAGCCAACCCGGAGGGGAAGAUCACUCUGAAGCCACUCUUUGUUGAGAUGGCGGUGCUCUGCAUUUGGGUGGUACUCUUUGGGAUGAACAUCUGCUUCUUCAUUGCGAGAUCGGGCCGAAACGGUGCAAACAUCGCUGCAUAUACGCUUGCAAUCGUACCCUUUCCACCCGCCGUGUACGUGUUGAGGAAGAACUACCUAGCCAAGAAAAAACUGCUCGUUGACAUGGAGGAGUUCGAUCUAAACCGGGUGAGCUGCUACAACGAAUCCGACCGAGAGUUCAUCCAUUCUGCGAUCUCGGACUGGUACGGCAGUGCGCAGGCCUUCACGCGCUUCGUGCAGGGGCCGCUUCGCAGGGAGCUUGUCGCCCCGAUCCUGGCCACAAACCUGCCCUGGUCAUAUAUCUUUCUGAUCAUCACUCCGACGUUCAGCCUUAGUAUGGAGACUCUGCUUGCGCUCUGGAAGGGGGGUGCUCCGGUGGAGUGCUUGAUAGCCUGGACUGCUGGGAUGCUUCUGGGGAACAACUGCUUCUUUGUUCCGGCCGGCAUCGUGCUCAUGCUCUACCUUUGCGACCGCUUUGCUGCCCCUGUGGGCUCCACCUGUCUUGCAGGAUUUCUGCAGUCACUGGCAAUCGUCUUCGUGAUGAUUUUCUAUGCCCUGGUCGUCAGUGCCUCCAGCAACCUUCUCAUCUAUGCGGGAGUUUGGACAGCAUUGGUCUGGCUUGGCAUCGCAGUCCUCUGCUUCCUCGCCCUGACGAUCGUCUACUCCCGUCGGAGACCGCACUUCGUUGACUUCGUUGAUCCCUAG